GCAACCAUGUCCAAUGUCUCCAGAUGACAGCAAAAGUUGUCGCGAACGUAUAAUAAAUUCGCAACCGUCCUUGCAACACCGCACAUUCCAAAUCGUCCCACCUGCCUGCAUUCCUUGCAAUCGGCUAUUUCACUGUUCACGAGAGCCCUAAAGAAGAUUUCAAGCUCUUCGUUAGAUCAUUUCUACCUUUGAUUUUCCCGCUAUGAUUUUCUCCCUUUUGGAAGUUUAGCUGCUCAAGAUUUACCCAUGGCGGAGAUGAACAACAGCGCCCCGCUGGCGCCGCAGACCAGCUCGCGAUCUGUGACGGAGACGAUCAACGGAUCUCACCGGUUCGUGAUCCAGGGGUACUCGUUGGCCAAGGGCAUGGGGAUCGGGAAACAUAUUGCCAGUGACAAUUUCACCGUCGGCGGUCACCAAUGGGCUAUCUACUUUUACCCGGACGGUAAAAACCCAGAAGACAAUUCGACGUACGUUUCCGUUUUCAUUGCUUUGGCGAGUGAGGGGACUGAUGUUAGGGCUUUGUUCGAGCUGACUCUGAUUGAUCAGAGCGGAAAGGGCAGGCACAAGGUCCACAGCCACUUCGAUCGAUCCCUUGAGACUGGUCCCUACACUUUGAAAUACCGUGGCAGCAUGUGGGGAUACAAACGUUUUUUCAGGCGUGUAAUGCUGGAAACGUCUGAUUAUCUAAAGGAUGACUGUUUGAAAAUUAAUUGUACUGUUGGAGUCGUGCGCUCUACAAUAGACUUGGCAACCUUGCCUUCCAUUCACGUUCCUGAUUCAGAUAUUGGAGCACAUUUUGGCAUGCUUCUAGAAAACAUGGAAGAGUCUGAUAUUACUUUCAAUGUUUCUGGUGAAAAGUUUCGUGCCCAUAAGCUGGUAAUGGCUGCUCGUUCUCCCAUUUUUCGUUCAGAGUUCUUUGAUGGACAGGAGAGUGAUGAGAUGGACAUUGCUGUUAGUAAUAUGGAACCCAAGGUCUUCAAGGCUAUGCUGCACUUUGUGUACACAGAUGCUCUUUUGGUAGAUGAUCUAGAAUCAUCUAGCUCUUCUAGUAUAACCUCAGUGGCUGAUGCAUUAGCAGCGAAGUUGCUCGAAGCAGCCGAUCGAUAUGAUCUGGGAAGACUCAAGCAGAUGUGUGAAGCUUAUCUCUGCAAAGAUAUAACAGUGGACUCGGUUGCAAAGAUGCUAGCUCUUGCAGACUGUUAUCAUGCCAUGGAACUCAAAGCCGUCUGCCUUAGAUUUGCUGCUGAAAACCUUGCUGCUGUGAUGCAAACAGAUGGCUUUGAGUACCUGAAAGAGAAUUGCCCGUCUCUUCAGUCGGAACUUCUGAAGACAGUGGCUGGUUGUGAUGAUGAUGAUUGUAGCAGCGGAGGGGGGAAGUCUAGGAGCGUUUGGGCACAUCUUUCAGACAGUGGUGGAACUGAUGGAAGGAGGGUACGCCAAAGGACCUGAUUGGCGGCGCUUUCUCUAGGGCUGUUUUUGCCAAACUGAUGUUUGUUGUUGUAAUAGAAUGAAACUUGUAAGAUAACAGCGUGUUAGGGAUCAAAAAGUAUUUCACAAUUCUCAUGACACCAUUUGCACAGAAAAUGUGUUAGUAGUAAUGUAGUAUUCAUAGUUAUGCCCACCCCUUAAUUUUGCUAAUGGGUGGCUGAUAUAUUGCACAACAUCAUGUUCUGAUCUACAAGAAAGAUUAAUUUCCUGC